AUGACUUGCGUUGGAAGAGAUAUCGAGCAUCAAUACACUUCACAGCUUGCGACAUUGGUUUCAGUUAAUGUGGUGAUUGGAGUUCUUUCGUGUAACUUGGGUAUUUAUGCAAAACAAGAGAUUAGUGUGAUGAUCUUUGGGAUUGGAUGGUUGGUGUUGAGCGUGAUCAACCUAGCUUGGAUGGUAUAUUUUACAGCUCCAGAAAAUUCCGCUCUCCUUUCCAUGCUCAAUCCAGGUUACCAGCGGAAGCAGAUCAUUCGUUCCAGUAUCAAUCUACGGCGUUCCGGACUCUAUGAUGACCCUCCGAAUGUGCACAACGUUGUUUUAGGCUAUGCACCUGCUAAUCAAAGUCGAUCGGAAGAUGUUGGAGGUCGAGUGGCACCACGGGGCGACAUUUCUGUAGACUAUUAUGACAACAAGAUGGCUUCCACUGACGACGGCAGUAGUUAUCAUCAGACAUGCCUUCCCAAUUUACAAGGCUCGCGCGUACCAAAUCCUAUUACCAAUGUAGCAAGUUUUGUCCCUACCAGCCAAACUCAGUACACACAAAACCCUGUGCCUCAGCAGCAACCCACACAACUGCCUCAACAACCUCAGCAACAACAAAGAUCUUUUGAAGCCCCACAGUCAGUUUACACACCUCAGCCGACCCAACCUCUACGGCCGACCCACUUGCAGCCGCAUUCGCAGCCUCCACUACCCUACGGCUCAAAUGUAAACAAUGUCAAUUCCGACAAUCGAGGGUUGCCUUCUUGCUCCGUUAACUCAAUUGACCAACAAUCAUCUUCUGAACUAUCUUCCAAUAACCUGAACCCUCACUCGCCCCCGCUAAUUUCACCCAUCCCUCCACCAAUACCCAACUUUACUCCUCUGACCACAAACCGAAUCGGAAGUGCACUGUUCAGCGAUGACUCUUGCUUUGCGGGCUUGAGCAGUCCUGUGCAGCAAGAUAACUCCAACCAGUCGGUCACCCAAUCGCAGACUUCGCAGACUUCGCAGGCGAGCUUUCCUGCUAGGGCUUUGUUCAGCUAUAAAGCUUCACCAGCCGACCCUCGAGAGUUGAGUAUUGAAAAAGGAGAGGUCGUGGAAAUACACGAUAGCCAUGGUAAAUGGUGGAGAGCUCAGAAAAAGGAUGGAACUUCUGGUAUUCUACCGUCCAAUUAUGUUGCUCUCAUCUCAGCAUGA